CUGGAAAAUAUUGAUUGCAGUGACAUCAUCUGUAUAUUUGUAUUACCCAGGUUUUCUCUAUUUCCUAUUAUCAUGGAGAGCUGGAUAUAAAUGACAUUGGAGCUAAUCUCUUGAAGAGAAUAGUCAGAGAAGAAUUGCUCUGUCUCAUCAGGAAUCACCUCCUGCUCUGUCUGCCUAUGGACCUGCAUUACCAGAGAUGUAGCUGAAAAUUCCUUUCUCCAGAGUUUCUCUACUACAUAUCCCAUUAUGGCUAGGAGCUGCUCCGAGUGCAAGGAGAAGAGGCCAGCACACAUUCUCUGCACCUACUGCAACCGCUGGCUGUGCAGCUCUUGCACGGAGGAACACCGCCAUGCCAAGGACCUGGCCGACCAUUUUCUUUCCCUGGCGCAGAAGGGAUCUUCAGGAAUGGACAGUGGGUCCAGUGAUUCUUCCUCGUACUGCCCAUUGCAUGGUCAAGAGGUUCUCAAGUUGUUCUGCGAGACCUGUGAUGUCCUCACAUGCCAUAGCUGCCUGAUGAUUGACCACAAAGAUCACAGGUGCAGACAUGUAGAAGAGGUUUUGCAAAACCAAAGAAUGCUUCUGGAAAGUGUGACCACUCAAGUGGAGCAUAAGAAAACUGGGUUGCAGGCGUCUGCUAAACAGAUUGAAGACAGGCUAUUUGAAGUCAAGCAUCUUCACAGGAAAGUGGAAAACCAGAUCAAAAUGGCCAAGAUGGUUCUGAUGAAUGAAUUAAACAAACAAGCCAAUGGACUUUUGGAACAGCUGGAGGGACUCACUAAUGAAAGGAAGCAGAAACUGGAGCAGCAAUUGCAAAGUAUCAUGGUCUUAAAUCGCCAGUUUGAGCAUGUGCAGAACUUUAUCAACUGGGCAGUCUGCAGCAAGAACAGCAUCCCCUUUCUCUUCAGCAAAGAACUGAUUGUAUUUCAGAUGCAGCGUUUGCUGGAAGCAAGUUGUAACACAGAUGCUGGUCCCCCGUGGAAGAUCAGGUUUACCUGGGAGCCUUCCUUCUGGACAAAGCAGCUGGCAACUUUAGGCUGCAUAACAACGGAAAGCGGACCACUGCCCCGUCCAGAAGCCCUCAGCUAUGGAAAUAUGCAAGGGUCAUCUUUCUAUCAUAGUCACCUCUCCCCGGUUACCCAGCAGGAUCCUCUUGGCAGCCAGCCCCAUAAAUUCCAAACUUCAGGCCCGUGUUCCACACCAGUCUGCUGUUCCCACUGUCCCCCUGCCCUCCAUGUGCACAAAAGCCAGGCCCUGCACCCGAGCGCACACCAUCCCCAGAGCUUUAGACAACCCUCGGAGAUGCAGCCUCCAGCACACACGUCUGCCCAGUAUACGCCGGCAGCACCACCCAGUGAGAAAGAGCAGACCUGCAGUCCCCCUCCUGUGAAGCUGAUGCAGCCCUGGCUGGACCCUCAGCUGCACACCGAGCCAGAGAGCACGCCCCAGGGAUUGGGCAAGCUCUCUCAUGCACAACCCCUGCAGCAAGGCCCACAUCCGGCCUGUGCAGGGGCACCACCAGCACACACCCAGCACACUCAGUGUCCCCUACAGGCCCCCUCCGUCCAGGUCCAAUUUGGUCACCAUCAGAAACUAAAGUUCAGCCAUUUUCAGCAGCACCAGCAGCUGCCCCCGCCUCAGCCACCACAGCCACUGCCCCCACAACAACAGCAGCAGCAGCAGCAGCAGCCGCCACCACUGCCACCGCCUCCACUGCCUGCGGGUCAGCAUGAGAGUGCCCAUGAACCUGUUCUGCAUCCCAGUCUGGACAUCAUGCACCAUAAGUUUGAGCUGGAGGAAAUGCAAAAGGACCUGGAGCUUCUUCUUCAGGCUCAACAACCCAGUUUACAGCUCAAUCAGACCAAGUCACCUCAGCAUGUACAGCAAACCAUUGUGGGCCAGAUAAACUACAUAGUGAGGCAGCCAGCCCCACUUCAGCCAGUCCAAGAGGAAGUCUCUCAGGCUUGCGAUGAGCCCAGUGUGCCUGAAGGCCCAAAGCCAGUCCCACCUCUCGACAGAACUGUCAUCCCUCCCCUGUCCCAGGCCAUGGCAGAAGAUGCCCCUAUCAGCGUGCACCCUCUGGACAGCACCAUGCAGCCCUCUUCUCCCAACCCAGUGAGAAAGCGCUCAGCCUCAGUGAGUAUAAUGGGAUUCUCCAACACGCUGGAAAUGGAACUGUCAUCCUCAAGAACAGGGAGGUCAAUGGAGCCCCAGAUCCAGAGUGUGAGCAGCCUGACCCCUAGCUCCUGCUCCCACAGCGUGGUCCCUACCUCUGACUCACAGCCAGAAACAGUGCCCACUUAUGCUCCAGCAGUCACCUGGGUCCUGCACCCUGGGGAAGGGGCCAGCCACUUGUCUUUGGGAGAUGUUCUCUUGGGUAAUGCGCCCUGCAAGAUGGAAAAUGAGGAUUCCAGGCCUAUUAAUGAUUCUCUGGGACACAACACAGCAGCUGCCUGCCCAGAUGCUCAGGAAGAAUUAGUUCUUCCUUUACAAAAAAUUCUGGAGGAACCGAUUAAUCUCUCAGUGAAGAAACCCCUGCUUCUUACCUCUCCCCCAGUGCCAGCCGUCAGUGCCUCUCCCCUGCCAUCCACAACUGCAAAGCCUCUUUGGCACACAGAAGAAAGGAGGGGCCAAGUCACUGCUGCAUUAAAAUGUGUGGAGAGACCCAAGGCUGGUUCCAGUGGAACACUGAAUGGAGACUAUAAUUGUGGCAGUUCUGAACAGGAGCCAUUUGAGACAGACACGAAUGAGAAUCCAAAUAUCAGGACCUACCCCAAAGAGCUGAAGAUUCCCUACGUACGUCUAGAGCGCCUCAAGAUCUGUUCAGCAGCCUCGGGCGAGUUGCCUGUGUUUAAACUGCAGAGAGAGCAAGAUGGGACCCUCCUGCUGGUCAUUGAAUGUGGUGCGGAAUCGUCUAGCAUGUCCAUCAAGAUCAACCAGGACAGUUUGCCAGAUGCUCUGAAGCCGACCAUUGACAAUGGAGGAGAGAGAAAUGUCUCUGUAGGCUUCCCUGCUGGACAGAAACUGCCAUUGUUUGGAACCCCCUCUCCUGGGGAACAAAGAAGCCACUGUAAUCCCGGAGCCAAAAAGUCUCCCUCAGUCCCCAAUACAGACCCCAUUGAGAAUGAGGACUUCUGUGCUGUGUGUCUGAAUGGAGGGGAGCUGCUUUGUUGUGACCACUGCCCCAAGGUGUACCACCUCUCCUGCCAUGUUCCUGCCCUGCUCAGCUUCCCCGGGGGCGAGUGGGUAUGCACCCUCUGCCGGAGCCUAACAAAGCCAGAGGUGGAAUAUGACUGUGACAAUACUCGAUACAGCCAUGCGGGUCUUGGAGGACGUGUACUUCCUGGCCUGAGCGAAUAUGACCAGAAGAAAUGCGAAAAGCUGGUGUUGUCCCUGUGCUGCAGCAGCCUCAGUCUCCCUUUCCAUGAGCCUGUCAGCCCUCUGGCUCGGCAUUAUUAUCAGAUCAUCAAGAGACCCAUGGACUUAUCCAUCAUCCGGAGAAAGCUCCAAAAGAAGGACAUGGCCCACUACGCGAGCCCGGAGGAGGUGGUGGCUGACGUCCGCCUCAUGUUCUGGAACUGUGCGAAGUUCAAUUAUCCGGACUCGGAGGUCGCCGAGGCAGGCCGAUGCCUGGAGGUCUACUUCGAGGGCCGGCUCAAGGAGAUCUACCCGGAGAGACUCUUUGCUCGGCCGAGGCAGGAGGACUCGGACGCGGAGGAGGCCGAGCACGAGCGCGGCGGCUCCCGGGCUCCGCAGGGAUUCCCGUGGCCCGCCUACGGGCACGAGUCCGCGCAGCCCAAGCGGCGGCGGCGCCACACGGAGAGCGAGAGAGCCAAAAGGCUCUCCUUCCGUCUGGCCGGCGGCUUCCCCCAGGUGUGACAGGACGCGGGCCGAGCUCCGGCCUCCCCGGCCCGGCCUCUCCCCGCCACCCUGCGGGCCGCGCCCUCUGGAGACUUUGGAUCCGCCAGUGUCCCUGAGCAGCCUCCGGGGGGCAGCCGCGUGCGAGCCCUAGCCGUGAAACGGGGGAUCCCGCCGGGGCCGCCGCCCGCGGCCGUCCCCGAGUCUCGGGCCGCGCCCCGUCCCCUGGCCGGCGGCGCCUUGUGCCGUGUUUGUCUGUGCGCAGGCGGCGCGAGGGAAGCGGGGCUUUUGGCAGAGACAGCCGCUGGUCCCCGGCGGUGUGGGACCCUCCCAGGGAAUCCCGGGCACCUUUGGCCUAAGACGCCGCAAGAUGGCCUCCUUGCCCCGUGCUGCCCAGCGCCCCGCACAGCCCCCUCCUCGGGGUAAGCGGACGGGAGGGAGGGAGGAGGAGGAGGAGGGUCCUGCCCCCUUUGCCUUCGGGUGUUGUGCCCGCUGUGUGGCCUGGUGAGGGCCGUUAACGCGGAUGCUUAAUCUCUCUCUGGUGCGGGGAGGGCAGCCGCGUCCGCCCUUCUCUCCCCCCCCCCCCCCCCCCCCCCCCCCCCAGCCUGCCUGUAAUCUCCCUGGAUCAGUAAAUUUGUUUUUUGUGGGGACAAUUCUCC